AUGACGAAGGUCAACACCAGUCUGCACUCCAGCCGGCGAAAGGCCCGCAAGGCCCACUUCGAGGCCCCUUCAAGCGUUCGCCGAGUGAUCAUGAGCGCGCCUCUCUCCAAGGAACUUCGGGAAAAGCACAACGUCCGAUCUAUCCCCAUCCGCAAGGACGACGAGGUCAUCAUCAAGCGUGGAUCCAACAAGGGCCGCGAAGGCAAGGUCACUUCCGUCUACCGUCUCAAAUACGUCAUUCACAUCGAGCGCAUCAGCCGCGAGAAGAGCAACGGCCAGUCUGUACCGAUCGGAAUCGCGCCCUCCAAGGUCGAGAUCGUCAAGCUCAAGCUUGACAAGGACCGCGAGAGCAUCCUCGAGCGAAUCAGCCAAGGGCGGGAGGCCAACAAGAAGAAGGUGUCGUCGAAGUAGAGGGGUUUCCGAUGGGACAAUGACUUGUGAAAUUCAUGGAAGGAUGGGUGGAGUUUGCAUAGAGCAGGUCGUAGGCGGACAGAUGGCAGCGCCCGUUCUGCCAUGGAAGGCAUGAUGCUGAUCGCUGGUGAUUGGCACGGGACGAUUAUGAGCCAUCUGUUCGCAACGCAUGCUUACUUUUUCUUCGGCGCUACAAUGAUCAGGGAAUAGCGAGGGCGGUGAUUGAGGACAAACCUUUCAACGUCUUCUUGCAAAAGAAACUACAACACACAUUUCUCCAUG